AUGAGUGAUCACGAGGACGACCGCCGCUCUCGCAGCCGCUCGCGCUCUGCUGCAAGUGCGAACCGCCGCAGUGCUUCCGUUAGCGCUGAACGCCGGCAUGACUCGGACCACAGAAGCGCUUCUCGUGAGCGAACGAACUCGCGAGACGACAAGCCGGCCCGCGGCGGAGGCGGUGGACCUGCCAAAGCCGGGAUUUCGCUCUUGGUUCGAAACCUGAACAAAAACACUUCGGCCGAAGAUGUGAAGGAGCUUUUCAGUCAAUACGGUGAAGUUCGCGACGUGUACACCCCUCUCGACUACUACACGAAGCAAUCUCGUGGAUUCGCAUUUGUCGAGAUGAUCGACCUCGACGGCGCCGAGGCUGCGAUCAAGGAAGUCGACGGGCGAGAGCUCGACGGAGAAGCGCAAGACGCCGCAAGAAAUGCGCAGACGCGAUCGCAACGCGUCGCCGCUUCGCCGACGAGAACGACGGGAUCGCUCUCGCUCGCGCGACCGUUCCCGCGAUCGUCGCAACCGACGCAGCCGCAGCCCCCCUCGACGAAGCAGUCCCCGUCGCCGAUCUCGCUCGCGCUCUCCUGCGCGCCGUCGUUCGCCGCCCCCGCGUAG